GGACAGAGAAUCCGAGAAUCUGAAUUAUGAACUCAAAUCAGAAGCAGAAGACAGCAGAGGAGGAAGUUGCAGAGUACAAGCAAGAAGCAGAGAGCUUUGAGGUUGAAGAAACGUCUCCUCCUCUUCCUCCCUCUGCUUCCUCUUCUCCUUCACAUGAAUUCUCCUUCACAACCCCUCUCCAUUCUUCUUCUCACAAACCCAAAUCCAAACCCUCUCCUCCUUCCUUCGCCAUUGACUUGUCUCCUGCAGAUGACAUCUUCUUCCAUGGCCACUUGCUCCCCCUUCAUCUCCUCUCCCACCUUCCCUCCUCUUCACCUCGCUCCUCCACCACUUCCAUCCCAAUCAAACACUUUUGGGACCAUCAAGACCCCAUCAAAGACACCUCAAGCUGCAGCAUCAGCAGCCCCAACCACCACCCAACUGCACCUACGGAACCAGGUGGCAGGACCAAAUCCAAGCCUUUCUCAUUGCUUGGAUUUCCAAAAUGGCGAAAAGGGUGCGACACUAACGAGAAAAAUGAUAGAGGAAAGCACAAAAGGAAGCUGGGGUUUGAUGUCACUCAAGUUCUAAAGCGAUAUGCAAGAGUGGUCAGGCCAUUUUUGUUGUUCAGAUGGAGGAAAGAGAGCUUCCACAUCCGUCGCCAAGCUUAUUCGUUUUCAGGUAAUUUGAAUCCGCGAAACAAGCAAGAACAACUGAGAGGAAGACGAGGCGAAUUCUCAGCACCAGCAUCCAUGAGGACAUCCCCAACAAAUAGUGGCCUCCUCGUUGCUACUCCCUCUAUGACUUCUUCUUCUUCUUCUAGUGAUAGCACCAUGGAAGAGUUGCAGUCUGCUAUUCAAGCUGCCAUUGCCCACUGCAAGAACUCCAUUGCUAAAGAUGAUAAAACCAUUGUCAAGAGCUGCUAUUAACAGUAAAGUUUCUUUGCUUGCAAAUUCGGAUUCCUGUAAAACAUCCAUUAACAGAGGUGUCGAUGAUUUCAACUGAAGCUAGGAGAAAUGAAGUUGGUAGUUAAUGUAAAAAGGCCAAUGAUUAACUGUUGUUAUACAUAAUUCUAAUAACCUCCUUGCCUUGGAUCAA